ACGCAUGUGUAUAGUGUUAUGUGUAUGCAUGCGUGUAUAUUUAUUUCAGGAUUUUUAUUUCGAUUAUACGUCUUCGUCAAAUCUUAUCUCAAAACUGGAAGUUAUUUUACAUAAUAGAAAUUCUGAAAAUGAAAACUAUUAUUAUAGUAACGUCUGGUAUUUUAAUGACAGAGGUAAUUUGGAGACUAUAUAAGGCAUAUAGACACUCUUCAAAGAAAGCUGUUAAGGUUUUCAAUGGUUGUGUAAAACAAUAUAAAAAUACAAAAGACAAAGCAGAAAUCUUUGAAGUCAUGUUUUUUUCAAAAGACUCUACUCUAUGCCGAUCACAUCUUACAUGCCAAGAAAUAUGUGAAAAGACAGAUUGUGCAGUAGGAUACUUUAGGAAACUUAUAGAUUAUUUGGAUUCUGCAACUGAUACUUUGGACAUAUGUAUGUAUUUUUUUACUUCUUUAUACUUAACAACUGCAAUUAUAAAUGCUCACAAAAGAGGUGUUAUUGUAAGGAUGGUAUUGGAUGAAUCAACUCUACCACAUAAUAGUGGAAAACCAAUCAUGUUGUUACACAAAACAGGCAUUAUACCGAAGUAUAAACAACUAAAUGUCUUGAUGCAUCAUAAAUUUAUUAUUGUUGAUAAUAAUAUUUUAAUAACUGGCAGUGUAAAUUGGACUAUGGCAGCAUUUUUUGGAAAUUUUGAAAAUUUGAUGGUGACAAAUGAGACAAGACUAGUUAAACCAUUUAUAAACGAAUUUGAAAAGAUAUGGACAAUGUUUAGUACUAAGGAAGAUGAUUCUGAAAAAUAAUUUAUUUUUUUCGUAUAUUUAAAUUAGUAGAAUUAAGUAAAAGAAAAAGUUUUUAUUAGAUAGUUUCUUACACACAACAAACAUACAUAUUAUAUUUGACUGUAAUAUACAAUUCACAAUUUGAAAAGUUUAUUCUUACUUAAGUUUAUUAUUUUAUUACAAAUGCAAUUUUUUU